AUGCCCUCCGCCAAAGUAAUCUCUCUUUCUGAGCUCAAGAGAUGGGUCACGUCUUCUGUCUCACGCAUGAAGACGGUUGUUGGAGGUAACGGCAUCGCAGGGUUCAGAGCUGCACCAACUCGGUCCGGGAACAACGAUCAAAAGAUUAGCAGCCAAUUAGACUAUGGGAAGAAGUUCGUGAAGGAUGGAAAGACCUAUCAGCGGCUGAAUUGGCAGCUCAACAAAGAUGCGGAGAACUCAACACUGAAGAAACUCGCCCAGCAAGAUAGUCAUUAUGUUUGGUCCACUGCUGAUGUUGAAGUCGUCGAGAACCCAUCAGAUGACCAAGCGAAGACUGCAACAGAGGACGUCUUUAAUCAGUUGGAACGCAACAUAACCCAGAAAUGA